AUUAUUAACAAUGGACCUCCCACCCCACCCCGCAGGCAAAACUGGAAACAGGUAUGCUGCUUCCAUUUAGGACUGACACCUAAAGGUCACAGAAGGGGGAUUCCAGUUCAAGGGAUGCUGGUUGGUGUAAGGGUUCUGAGGGCCUGGUUGACUUUGGAAGAUCCAAGACUGGGUCAGUAGCUGGCUAGCGAAUACUUUGGGUGCAGAAAUGACCCUUUCUUAGGAAAGAGGGGAAAUAAAACACACCUGUCUUCAAAGCUGGGGCUCCAAAGGAGGUGGUGAGGGAAAAACUACAAUUCCCAGAAAUCUCUGCUCCCAGUCGACUAGGUGAUGGUUGCCAUGGUUUCAGAAAACAAUAUGGCUGCUCCCAGAUGGGAGGCGAGUCUCUGUGUGAGGCAGGCAGAGUCAGAACAGAAAGCCGGCUGUGGAGCAGUGGCAAGAGAGUUGCUUGAGGAGUUGUGAGGCUGGUGCUGAACUCUAUCUAGCUGGUACGGAUUGGCCUUACUGAGGACACAAAUGGCAAGCAGCGUGGACGAAGAGGCCCUGCACCAGCUCUACCUGUGGGUAGACAACAUCCCUCUGUCCCGGCCCAAGAGAAACCUCUCCCGGGACUUCAGUGAUGGAGUCCUGGUUGCAGAAGUCAUCAAGUUUUACUUCCCCAAGAUGGUGGAGAUGCACAAUUAUGUCCCUGCCAACUCUUUCCAGCAGAAGCUCAACAACUGGGGUCACCUGAACAGGAAGGUGCUGAACAAGCUGAACUUCUCGGUGCCAGAUGAUGUGAUGCGCAAGAUUGCCCAGUGUGCCCCUGGUGUGGUGGAGCUGGUGCUGAUUCCACUGAGGCAGCGCCUGGAGGAGCGGCAGAGGCGCAGGAAGCAGGGCAUGGGCUCCUUACAGGAGCUGGCACCUCAGGAUAGCAGUGGCUAUAUGGAUAUGGGUUUGCCCCAGAAGGCCCGAGGGGAGGGUGCCCCGGAACCCCAGGGAGGAGGGCAGCUCAGGGGGAGCCGACCGCCGGCGCCUCGUCCUCCUGGGUAUAGCCAGUCGCUGCAGGGCGACCCAAGCUUCGUCCUCCAGAUCGCUGAAAAGGAGCAGGAGCUGUUGGCCUCGCAGGAGACGGUGCAGGUCCUGCAGAUGAAGGUGAAGCGUCUGGAGCACCUGCUCCAGCUCAAGAACGUGCGCAUCGAGGACCUCUCCCGGCGGCUCCAGCAGGCCGAGCGCAAGCAGCGGUGAGCGGCGACCUGGGCCCGGGCAGCUCGGGGGCCCCCCUUUUCCUCGCCCGGAUGCUACGACCCUCCCUCCGACGACGCACGAGUAGGAGGGUGGAGCCAGCUGCUCGCGCGAGCCUCCAGCGCCCGGAGCUCCUCCCUGCCUGGGGAUGGGGGUGAGUUGGGGAGUGGGGCUGGACUGAGCCACCUCAUUACGCUCCAUCCGGACCAGGAAAAUGGACCACUUUCCAGAGCCCAGGAGCCAUGGGCGGAGACCCGGCUUGCCCCGCAGCAAAGCGGUGCCCAACACCUGGGGCCCCGCCUUGAGUCUCCCUGCGCUAGGCCUUGGGAGGCGGUCCCCUGGCUCUGCCCACACCCCUAGGGCCGAGUCACUACCCAGCUCCGAGGACAGCAGCUGCGUUUCAUAUCAGGAUGGCUCUCUACACUCGCAAUCAUGUGGGAAACUACCUCCGGAAACCGAGGGGCUCCCUUGCCCCUCUUGGGUGCUCACUUGGGACCCCUCCCUGGGCUGGAGACCACAGCAGCUGGAGAGGCAGGGGUGAGGAGUCGAACCAGCCAGGAAUAGUGAAGACAUCCCUCAGUGCCUGUAGCGAUUUCCCUAUUCUUCUUCUUCCUCUUCCCCCACCUCCCUUUCUCCUCCUCUUUCCCUUCUCGAUCACACAUAUUGUUGGGAGUGUCUGGGGGAUAUGGAUGGAACUGCCCCCAUUAAAGGUGGCAUACUUUUCCUGUUCCUGCCUUCGCUUUCUGGAUCCCUAAAGACGCGAGUUCCUGCUCUCCUUGUCCUCCUCCCACCCACACCUGUCUUCACCUGUUCACCCCCUUAAGUGAAAGAGCCUUGUGGAUCCAGAAGUGGUCUUACUUUGUGGGUAGUCAGUCCUGUAUGCCCACAGCUUAGUAGAUUUCUGUGUGCGUGCGUGUGUG